GGAGGGAGGGAGGGAGGAAGGCGGAAGCGAUGGCGGCGACCGGGGAGGCUCCGCUCACCGGCGUGGCCUGGGCCGCGACCCCCGAGGCCGCCCCCGCCGGCUGGACCCCGAUCACCGUGACCGUGGAGGGCGCGGCGGCGAAUUUAGGCAAAGGUUUCGGGCACCGGAGCGGCGGGUACUUGUGCGUGAGCAGCGGCGGAGCGCAGGCUCCGGUGGUGACCGAUGUGCAGGUGCUGAGCGACCGGAGCCCGCAACCCGCCGGGUACAGCCGCGCUCCCGAGUUCCCGGAGCCUCGCACCGGCCUCUCCCGGAAGAAACGCCUCUACGUGCAGCUGCUCCCGCGGGACGCGGCCAACACGGCGGUGCUGGAUCUCAAACUGAGCUCCAAGAGCAAAGCCCUUCCCCACUACAUGAAAAUAGGGGAAAUGGGACAUUUUGCCAUUUGGUGUAAAAAAGGGCCGGUUCCAAAGCCCAGUCCCCCACCUGUUCCCAAGCCCAGGACACUCAGCACUGGCCUGAAGGAGCUUUCCCUCCAUCCCCCCGGCUCCAGGACUUCUCCAGGAUGGAGCCAAAGCAGGUCCCCAGGGGCUGGAGGCAGCAUCAAACGGGCUCCUCAGGAUGAGUCUCUCUAUGACACCUACAGCAUCUACAGCCUCUCAGCCAUGGAUGGAGUCCCCUUCACCCUCCACCCCAAAUUUGAGAGCAGACUCAGCUCCACACCUCUCCUUGCUGACCUGACCGUGAAAUCUCUCGCCGACAUCGAGAAGGAGUACAAUUAUGGUUUUGUGGUGGAAAGGACGGCAGCCGCGCGACUCCCACCCACCGUUUGUUAACACUUCCAAGCUGGAAACUGCCUCCAAUGAAAUUCCAAGAUGUUGGAAGAGACAAAGAAUCACUUGGGGAAGAAAUGGGUGUGGUUGGUUUGGGGGUUUUUUUUUUAACCUGCCAAAAGAUUUAGGUGAUGAUUUUUCAACGCAAAGCCAAAAAUUCUUGGCACUUUUUGUUGCUCUUCCACUUUUCCCAACUCUUAUCCUGAUUCUUUUUUGGUUCCUGCCCUCUUGGGGUUGUUUUCACUCCUGAAAAAAAAACCAUCACAAAGCUUCUCCAGCCCCACCAAUUUCAAAAUCACACCCGUUGGGAUGUGGUUUGUUUUUGUUUUUUUUUAGUUACCAAAUCCUGAAAAUGUCUCUUGAAACAUUCUUCAAGUUGGUGCAAAAAAACCAACCAAUUCCCGACGCUCGGUUGGUUGGGUUGGGUUGGUUGGUGGGAUGAUGGGACCUGGAAGGAUUAAAAAGUCAAGAACUUGGCUUCA